AUGAUAAAACAAUCAACCGCAGUCUCAUCGUUUUAUAUUACAUUUAGCUAUUACUCAGGUCGAUCAAAACGGACCACCGUAAACCGGCGUCUUUUGCAUCGUAUUACGGCCAUAAACGGACACCGUAUAUCAGCCGUAAAACCUCGUAAAGCCGGCGUAAUAUUAUCGUAUUCUAUAGAACAUACGGCCGUAUUACUGCCCCUAUUAUACGGAGAAAAUACGACACGUAAAACGGGCCGUAUUUGUAUCGUAUACGACCGUUUACUGAUCGUUUUCUUCGACCGGGGUAGAACACAUCGACAAGUGAAGCUUAAACAAAAAUUACAAUUGUAUUCGGAUACUCGUUUUAAUGGCGCAUUUUCUAUGCUGAACGUAUUUCUUAAUGUUUACGGUGAUAUUGGUAGUGUUUUAAAUAGUGGAUAUAUUGAUUAUUUAACUAGUGUUGAUAAGGACUUAUUGCAAGAAGUGUGUCGAUUUUUAAUUGUUUUUGAUAAUGCUAUUGAUCAAUUAAGUGUAGAAGAAAGGUCGACUAUGCACCAAGUUCUUGAAAUUCGUCAAUUAUUAAUUGAUCAUUGCGAAGUUAAAUUCGAAGAUAGAUCUGAACUAAAAGAACUAAAGCUUUUUCUUGGUGAACGUAUAAAAUCUAUUGGGAUUUCACAAGAUCAGCAUUUUAUUUGUACUUUUCUUCAUCCUCGUCUAAAACGCUUUGAUGCAGUACUACAUGAAAAAGAUAUAGCGUUUGAUUUAGUUAAACGAGAAUUAUUACCACGUACAUCAAUAUCACGUAUUACAACGGAUACCGCUUCAAAAGCAGUGACUACUAAUGUAUCAAUUAUAAAUGAUUCAACACCACCAGCUAAUCCGAAUAACCUAUUAACUUGUUGUUUUGAUAAACCACGACCAAUAAUCAGUUCAGUUACGACACCAGUAAAGGAAUUAAAUGACUACAUGGAAUUGAUUGUACCGGAUGAAGAAAGCGACGAUAUCCUUUUAUUUUGGAAGAAUCAUGAAAAAUCAUUUCCAACCUUAUCUUAA